UAGUACACGCAGCAGCAGCAGCAGCGGCGGCGGCGGCGGCAGUAUUGUGUGUGGUGUGCGCGAAGUUUGUUCCUCGCAAAAACACACAGUGCGAAUUGCAAAAAAUUUUUUUUUUUGUUUUUGAUUGCUUUCGUUUUACCAGUUCGAUUUUACUAGUUUUUUUUUUCUCUCUAUUACUAUCGUAUCGUUGCCCCGUCGUCGCUGUCGUCUGUACAAUAUAUUAUAAUAUAAUAUAUUAUAUUAUAUAAUAUAAUCGACUGCGCUGCGGUUAGACCGAACGGCACCACCACCACCACCACCACCACCAACACCGUCGCGUCGUAAUCGUCUCCUCCUGCUCAGGUAGUAUCGUUGUACAUCACCACCGGUUUUUCGCGGUGGGUGCAGGUGGCGUCCUCCGACCCGUCAUGCCCGCGAUCCGCGUUCCCGUCGUCGGAAUCGGUGCACGACCACCGCCGCCGCCGUCGCCGGACCGCCGUCCGGAACACGGCCGCUUCUGAUCCCCGCGCGUUUCGUAGUCGUCUCGAGAUGACGGCAACGGCCACGGCUUCUGCUGCUGUUGCUGCCGGCGCUGCGGUGACCACCACCACCACCACCAACGACACCAUCACCACCGUCAUCACUACCUGCACCACCGACGUCGCCGACACGAUCGCGUCGAGAGGACGUCGUGACGCGUCGCGGCGAUAAGAAGAACGCGCGCGUGUUCGAUUCUUUUCCGGUCGUCCGCUCCGGUCCCACCCCUCCCGAAAUCACCUCCAGCCAAACCGGUGACCGCCGGGGAACCGCGUGUUCGCACCACGGUUUGACGGUGCUGCCGGCGGCGUGCGCGCGACGUAUUGUUUUUUAGACGAUAUGAAGUGCUGCGUUACGCGUGACGCGUGAACGAGAAAAUGCGACGUGACGAGGCCAUCACAAUAGUCUUUUACACUAAUACAGCUAUUAAAAUUACUGCGAGAGCGGCGACGGAGACGAUUGCGACCACCGUACGAGUGCCAAAGGCCGCAGUGAAAACAUGAACACUCCCGUCGGACUGCUGAUGGCCGUGUUCUUCGUCUGUUCACAGUUCAUCCGAGGUUGUUGGUGUUCAGAAGACGAGGAGCGUCUGGUUAGAGAUCUUUUCAGGGGCUACAACAAACUAAUCAGACCUGUCCAGAACAUGACCGAAAAAGUCAAUGUACAAUUUGGUUUAGCAUUCGUUCAACUCAUCAACGUGAACGAAAAGAGUCAAAUAAUGAAAUCGAACGUUUGGUUGAGACUUGUAUGGAGGGACUAUCAAUUACAAUGGGACGAGGCAGACUACGGUGGUAUACAGGUGCUCAGGUUACCACCGGACAAAGUGUGGAAGCCGGAUAUAGUGUUGUUCAACAAUGCUGAUGGAAAUUAUGAAGUUCGUUACAAAUCGAACGUGCUCAUUCGACCAAAUGGAGAACUUCUAUGGAUACCACCGGCAAUUUACCAGAGCUCCUGCACCAUAGACGUUACAUAUUUUCCUUUUGAUCAACAAACUUGCAUAAUGAAAUUCGGCUCUUGGACAUUUAAUGGCGAUCAAGUAUCGUUAGCGUUAUACAAUGACAAACAGUUCGUCGACCUUUCUGACUACUGGAAAUCCGGAACUUGGGAUAUUAUAGAGGUGCCUGCGUAUCUGAACGUAUACCAGGAGUCACCUACCCAGACGGACAUUACGUUCUACAUAGUGAUUCGAAGGAAAACUCUAUUCUACACGGUGAACUUGAUACUGCCCACGGUCCUCAUAUCUUUCCUGUGCGUGCUAGUGUUCUACUUGCCAGCCGAAGCCGGUGAAAAGGUCACGCUGGGCAUCAGCAUUUUACUGUCACUAGUCGUCUUCCUACUGCUCGUUUCCAAAAUACUGCCACCCACUUCUUUAGUACUGCCGCUCAUCGCCAAAUACUUGCUAUUCACGUUCAUCAUGAACACAGUCAGCAUAUUGGUCACUGUUAUCAUCAUCAACUGGAAUUUCCGAGGACCUCGUACCCAUCGUAUGCCACCUUGGAUUAGGACCGUGUUCCUUUAUUACCUACCGGCAUGCAUGUUCAUGAAACGGCCGAAGAAAACGCGACUAAGGUGGAUGAUGGAAAUGCCGGGCAUGAGUGGUCCGCCGCAUCCGCACCACACGUCGCCGUCGGACCUGCCCGCACCCGCGCCCCCGAGCUCCGCGACGCCGUCCAAACACAAGAUGGAGGCAAUGGAGCUGGCCGACCUGCAUCAUCCCAACUGCAAGAUCAACCGAAAAGCAAGCGCGGAGCGGAGGGAAAGCGAGAGCUCCGACUCGCUAAUCCUAUCGCCGGAGGCGUCCAAGGCCACCGAAGCAGUGGAGUUCAUCGCCGAACACUUGAGGAACGAGGAUCAAUACAUACAGAUAAGAGAAGACUGGAAGUACGUGGCGAUGGUUAUUGAUCGACUGCAGUUGUAUCUGUUCUUCUUUGUCACCACCGCCGGCACCCUUGGAAUACUAAUGGAUGCCCCUCACAUAUUCGAGACUGUCGACCAGGACAAAAUCAUCGAAAUCUACGGUGGAAAAUAAACAUAAAAGAAAUAAAAAGAUUUAUAGAUGAAAAUGCUCAAGUUAGAACUAAUUUGCUUCAGAGGAGUUAUUUAAAAUAAUAAUAAUAAUUAAAAUAAUAAUUCUAUUAUUUAAAAAUUAAUGAACAAAAAAAAAACAGUACUGUAUAACCAUCGUGUUGUUAUAAUUAUUAAUAUAAAAAUACAACUUAGUUAGUUUAAGUGCCAAAAAAAAAAAAAAGAAAUGUUAUUUAUUACUAUUGUGUAAAAUAAUUAAUGAUGUUUAAGAAUAAAACAAAUAAUAUUACUAAUAUUUUUAGAUUAGUGUUAAAGUUGGAAUGAACAGCUCGCGAAAAUGUCUCGAACGUCCGUACGUAUACUGUUUGUAUUGCAAAAAUAUCCUAAGGGGUUUUGAAUGUGCUCAAAUCGUUCUUUUUCCAAGCACAACACACAGGGGGAUGAUUCGUCACAGAUCCGAACCAAAUUUAUUUUGUCCUUUAGAAUUUCUUGAAUUUCCGCUGCGUCCCUUCCAAUAACGCACCGGUAUGCUGUGAACCGCUCACCCUGUGUAACUCCAAUGUGCCAAAAACGUUGACGUGACAGAAGAUAAACUGAAUUUUUUUUGCUCAAACUCGUCGCGUAUAAUAUGUAAACAAAAUAAAUGACCCGAAGUUAUUAUUUUAUAGGUUUUUCGAACGACAAUAAUUAAAAAGAAAAGCCGAAACAUAUUAUUAUUACUGCAAUGUUUGUUUAUAAUAUUAUAAUUAUAAUUUAAUUUUUUUUUCAUAAAUAUUUCCUCAUCUAAAUAUAUUAAAAUCUUCGCUCAAAUAUAUUUCGCUUAUGCUGUACUAUAUAGACGAUGACGUCCGGGACAUAUUCGUCAAAUUUUGAACCAACGUUUGGUGUACAUAACUAUUAUUGUUAUAUUUUUUUAGUUUUUUUUAUUUCUCAAUAUCAGUAGAAGUCAUUCCGUGCCCGGUUUGUCUAGAACACUCAAUUUAUAAACAUUAUAUAAGAAUAAUUUUGCGCGGUCUACUAUUAUAUUAUUAUAAUGAUAAUAAUAUUAUACGUGUAUGAAUGUGCCCAAACGAUUGUCCUGAGUGGUGGAGCUAACCGGGCUAAUAUUACUGUCCAUAGGUUAAAUCCAACGCUGGUUUCAAAAUGGUCGUAUAUACAAAUUAAUCGUUAGAAACCGUUUGCAACUUUCUAGCAUAACCUAUGUUAUAAUCAAAUUUAUAUUAAAUACUAAUAUCUAAUCAUUUAUUGUUAUUAUUAUUAAUUAUUAUUAUAGUGUGCACUAACGGCAUACGGCUCACGUUAGUUGUAUACUAGAAUUUAGUUUAUUUUAUUGUUUUAUUAAAAAAAAAAAAAAACAAAUUUAUUUGUUUUUGUUUUUGUUUUUUGUGUAGUGUGUGUUGCAAAAUUUUGGUGUACGUACAAUUUUGUUACUGCGUUUUAAUAUUAUAAUAAUGUUACAACCCUUGAAAAGGGAAUUUUUUUUAAGUAUUGUAUAAAAAUAAUAAAUAUAGUUAAGUCAUGGAAGAUAUACAACACAGCUGUUACAAUCAUCCGUGUACACAAUAAUAAUUUAAUUACAAAAAAAAAAAAAAAAUUAAGAAAUUCAGACAAUCUCAUCCAAUUGUAAAAUGUUUAUGUAAUUUCUGUUUGUGUUGGCUAGUGUAUAAAAAAUAACAAAUGUUAAGAAUAAAAACAGUUUGUUAUAUGCCAUUGCGCAAUGUGUGAAACAAAUCGAACAAUUUAAGAAACAAUAUUGUUCUUAUUAUAGUAUCUAAGAUCUUUUAAGAUGUUGGAUAAUGUUUUGGCUUAUUUUUCGUUAAUUUAUUUUACAUUUACUUUGUUCGUAAGUCAAAUAAUGCAACCAAACUGAAAAUAACGAAUUAUAAAAUAUGAUGUUUUUUUUUUUUUUUGUUUGUUUGUUUAUUUCAAUCUAGUCGUUUAUUUGUUAUUUAUUAUUAUUAUUAUUAUAUAAUUGUUAAAAAAAGAAGUCUGGUAUUAUUAUGAAUAUUUAGUAUCUGCGCAAUAAAAUUCAUAAUUAGCGACAUUUAUCAAAUUGAAACUUGAAACAAUUUUUUUUUUACAUGUAUAAUUUAAAUAGAUAGGCUACAUUAUUCGCAUUUUUACAAGUAAAAAAAAAAAAAUGUCUGAACAAAAUGUGUUGUGAAACAGAAUAAAAAAUUAAAUAACUAAGAUAUAUAUAAUAUAAAUUUGUAAACGUUUUAAAAUAAAUUAUAGCCAAAUAAAUUAAACAAAUUUAUUGCUUGAA